AUGGCAGCCAAACCCAAGCUCUACUACUUUCCUGGCAGGGGCAGGAUGGAGUCCAUCCGCUGGCUGCUGGCCGCAGCUGGAGUAGAGUUUGAAGAAGAACUUUUUGAAACAAGAGAACAAUAUGAGAAGGUGCAGAAGGAUGGACGCCUGCUUUUCGGCCAGGUGCCUUUGGUUGAAAUUGACGGAAUGGCAUUGACUCAGACGAGAGCCAUCCUCAGCUACCUCGCCGCUAAGUACGACUUCUAUGGGAAGGACCUGAAGGAAAGAGUCAGGAUCGACAUGUACACUGACGGCACCUUGGACCUGAUGUUUCCAAUAAUGGCGUCCCCGUUCCAACCUCCUAAGGAAAAAGAGGAAGGCCUUGCUUCAGCUGUGAAGAAAGCUAAAACCCGGUACUUUCCUGUCUAUGAAAAGAUUUUAAAAAACCAUGGGGAGGAUUUUCUUGUUGGCAACAAAUUCAGUUGGGCAGACAUACAACUGUUAGAAGCUAUUUUAAUGGUGGAAGAAAUGAAUGCUUCUGUUCUUUCUGACUUCCCUCUGCUGAAGGCAUUUAAAGCAAGAAUCAGCAGCAUUCCCACAAUUAAGAAGUUCCUGCAGCCUGGAAGUCAGAGAAAGCAGCCUCCAGAUAGCCACUAUGUUGAACUAGUCAAAAACAUUCUGCAGAUCUAA